AUGCAGGCCAUUUCGGAACCACCGCCGGAUUUCGUCGACGAGGCCAUCGAAGUCCACAGCCGCACGGCCAGCACAGUGUCCAGCACGUCGGACAUUUUCCAGCUGGUUGAGGAAAACGGCCGCCAGUAUCCGAACUACGGGAUCCAUUGGUACGGCCUGCCCGUCGACCACGGCGAGCAGGAGAGAAUGGCGCGCCAGCAUGAGCACUACCGCGUGUCUGAGGGACUAUUGCACGUCCCGAUCGCGUAUCCGCCGCAACGGAUUCUCGACCUGGGCACGGGCUUUGGGGAGUGGGCCAUCGACGUCGCCGACUGUUUCCCCAGCGCCAUCGUGACGGGCAUCGACAUUGCGCCGGUGCAGCCGUCCCUCGUGCCGCCGAACUGCAACUUCGAGAUCCAGGACAUGGAGUGCUUCUGGGACCAGGCGGACGACACGUUCGACAUCAUCCACCUGCGCGAGCCCAUCCUGAUGAUCCGCGACUGGCCCCAUCUCUUCGACCAGGUCAAGCGCUGCCUGAAGCCGGGGGGCUGGUUCGAGAUCUCCUGCACCCACCUGGCCGUGCAGUGCGACGACGGCAGCGUCCUGGACACGUCGUUCCUCCGCUACGUCGUCGAGCGGCUGCGCGACGCCUCGACGAACCUCGGCAUGUCGCUCGACUGCCCCCUCCACUUCGCGCAGUACUUCCACGACGCCGGGUUCGGCGCCGUCCAGACCUCGACGCUCCCGCUGCCCGUGACCGCGUGGCCGACCGAUCCUCAGCUGCGCGCGGUCGGCGAGGUCGAGCACAAGAACCUGGCCUCCCUGUCCUGGUCGAUCGGCCUGCGCCUGUUUCGCGAGGCGUACGGCUGGCCUCCCCACAAGACAGACGCGGUGAUGCGCUUGCUCCGCGCCGAGCUCUGCGCCCUGGACUAUCACCCUUAUUACAAUCGGUCAGUGUUUUUCCUGCGCGCUUUGAUUUCCAUGCCGCCUGCUAAACGGGGUUUCGCAGAUACAUUGUGUGUGGGCAGAAACGAUAGAGAUGGAGAGGGUCUCAGUAGAAAAAGGCCCCAGGGUUAA